UGACGACAACAUCGCUAUUGUUUUAAGUUUUUCAAUUUGGAAAUCUAAGUGUAGUGCAAAACACAAAACAGGAUGGAUAGAAGCAUUCGUUGUUAUGGCGAGUGCGCCUUUGUGGUUCCUAGAGCUGACUUACUUAUCAAACAGCCGAAGUUUUAUAUCUUGAGUGUUAUAGCUUACGUACUUCUUCAAAAGCUGUGUGACCUGUAAUAUGUAUCUGGUGACAUUCCCAACAGGUUUGCUUUUUGUUCAAGGCUGAAUUUCUUCUCCCUCUUCUUCUCUAUUCACCUUGUUUCGUUUAUGUCAUUUCAACAAGGACAAAAAAGCUCACACCCUGACCUCUUUAAAGCGAUCCAUGACAAUCAAGAAACAAAAUCAUAUACAUCCAGAUUAGUCGCCGAAAAAGACUUCAAGAAUGGUGAAGUUAUUGUUCAAUUGACAGGCGUAACACCGGGUGUUGCAAAGACAUAUACCUCCGUGCAAUUUUCGCCAACGACACAUGUUGAACUUAACAGUGAUUUGGUUUAUUUGAACCAUUCUUGCGACCCUACUACUUAUCUCGACGUCACAGACAAGGCACUUGUUGCUCUCAAAGAUAUAAAAAAAGGAGAUGACCUGACUUUCUUCUAUCCUUCGACUGAAUGGGAAAUGUCACAACCAUUCGACUGCUGGUGCGGUGCAGAGAAGUGUGUAGGAAAAGUGGCAGGCGCAAAAAAUCUCCCUGUAGAUGUAUUGCGUCUGUAUAAAUUAAGUCCUCAUAUCAUUCAACUCAAAAGUGAACAAUGAAUGACUAGAUGUAGAAUGUAUCCUGAUUGACACGGUUGGAAAUAAAGCUUAUGUUGACAGUUUGCCUGUAAUCUAUCUAAAGCGAUGUAUAUUCGAGAUACACUGCUUCUUUUUUUAAAUGAGCUUAUCUAUUUUCAUCGGCUAUCCCGUCUCAUGAGAUUCCUCCUUUCAAGGAUGCCUUACUAUAAUUUAUUGCUCAACACAG